CCCGCGGCGCUGAGGGCAGCGCGCCGCCGCCAUGUCCCAGGCGGACCCCGAGCUGCUCCUGCGGGAGCUGGGCGCCUGGGACGGGGAGCUGUGCCGCCGGGAGCUGCCCGCCGUGCUGCCCCGGCUCCUUUCAGUGUAUCAGGAGUCUGAAGACUGGACUGAGCAUAUUCGUGUUUUGAGGAUCCUGACUGAAAUGUUUUUGCCGCAUAUCAGCCUUGAAGAUUUGGAACAAACUUUUUUCUCAAAAGUAUUACCUAAGACUCUACAGUUCUUUGAUAACUUGAUGUGUGAAUUAUCCAGCAAGGCCAAAGGACUGACCAGCCAGAGUACGGAGUUGUGCAGUACUGUGAGGAAUCUACUGCAGACCGUGGUGCAGCUGCUGGAGACGCUGACGGGCUGUGUGCGCUACGUGUGCUCGCUGCAGGGGCUGUCCCUGCCGAGCGUCCACUCCCUCCCUUCCUCCGUCCUCUGCGUGCUAAAGAGCACCUUCACACACUGCAAGGACAGUGAAUCAGUGUACUGUGGGCACCUGCACCUAAUUUCUGACCUCCUACAAGCCAUGUUCAAGGAAACUUACUCCCUUCAGAAACAGCUGAUGGAAUUGUUUGAUCUGAUUUCCAUAAGCUCUUCUUCCUCUGAAGAGGACAUCACAUACAUGGUGUCAGUAAUCCACACUGUGCUGGAGAUCUGCUCUGUCAUUUCCAAUAUGGACCACGCUCUUCAUGCCAAUACGUGGAAGUUCAUAAUCAAACAAAGCCUGAAGCAUCACUCCCUGCUGCAGUGCCACCUGAAGCACAGUGACAUCCUCAGUGGCUUGUGCAAGGACACUCUUCUUUCUUUUGACUCCUGUUUGGAGCUGGCUGAGCAAAUGAAGGUGUCGCAGAUACAGGAGGGCACUGACUUCAGGCUGUUCCAGAAGACAGUGAAGCUGUGCAGGUUCUUUGCUAACUCCCUUGUACACUACACCAAGGAAUUUCUUGACUGCUUCUCUGAUUCCUGUUCUCAGUUACAUCAGCUCUUUCUUCAGAUAUACAGCAAAUUUCCUCCCAGUCUUUAUGCUCCAGAGAUCUUGGAAGUUCACCAAGAUGAAAUAUCCCGGGUUUUUCUUGUGGCUCUGGAUCCUCUCAUCACCCAGCUCCUUCCCUUUCGUCCUUUCAUGGAACAAGUGUUAAGUGAAAAUUUAGGUCUCCCCCCUGAGCAGCAGCUGCCCCAGUGUCUCCUCCUUCUUACCAUAAUGGACAAGCUGUCCUCUCAGCCUGAAGAAGUGCAAACUCUCUGGAACACAGGAAAAAGCCUGUCUUUGUUUUCAGCUCUCUUCUACAGUUUCCAGCAAUGUUGUGGGGAGCUUUCUUUCCCUGUCUGUUUGCCACAGGUGGUCAGUACUGGACAGCCAGCAGUUCCCAUCACCCUUUAUCACUAUGUCUGUGUCCACCUGUGCUCCUUCAUUGCUUCCACACUCCCAUCACACUUCCCUCAGCUGGAGCGUGCCCUGCUGGAUGCAGUGCUGGGCUCCAGUAUGAUCACAUCUCUGCUGGCCAUGGACUCGUGGUGCUUCCUUGCCCGGUAUGGAACAGCUGAGCUGUGUGCUCACCACGUUGAUGUGAUUGCCCACUUGGUGAAGGCUUGGCCCAGUGACUGCUGCCAGGUCUCUGCCCUGGCUGUGCUGCUGAGGCGAAUGCUGUUCCUGAUGGCUCCAGAGCAUCAGGUAGAAUUUGCUCAUAAGUUUCCUCCUGAGGAGGUGGAGAACUUGGCUGUGUGGCAGCACGUGUCCCUCAGAGCCCUGAGCCCUGACCUUAGGGCACAAGUGGCAUCUCAGCUGUGCUCAGCGGGGCUCGCACGGUGCCGGCAGUGGCUGAGCAGCAGCCGUGCCCUGGGAGGGCUCCCAGCUGUGAACACUGCCCUUUCUGCCCUGCUGGCUGCCUGCAGUUCUGCUGGUGCCACUCUGGAGGCAGAACUUAAGGCAUCUCUCUUGGGAGUGCUCAGUCAGUUCUGGUCUUUUCUCCAGGCUAAGCAGGUCUCAGAUGAGCCAUGUCUCCAGAAGACACUGUGUUUACUACUUCACCUUUUGGAAUUUUUCAUCCAAGCAUUAGAUGCUCAACUGAUGACCCAGGUAUUUGCACUGCAGUCAUCCCUGCUCCAGCUGCAUCCCCCAGAUCACGUCCGUCUGGCAAUGGUGGAUUUUCUGUCUUCCAUGGGAAAGGUGUUUAUUCCACAAGAAGCACAGAGGCAGGUUGUGCCCCAACUGUCCUGUCUGUUUGCCUCUCUGCUGGCUGACCAGACCUGGCUGAUUCACCAGCACGCACUGGAGGCAUUCACACAUUUUGCAGAGGAAACAAGACAUGAAGAUGUUGUUCCUUGGUGCCUUAAUUCUGAAGAAGCUAAGAACAAAGUUGUCAGUUUUCUGGCUAAGACAAGGCAGGUGGAAGAGACAAGAGAAGCACGAACAGAACGCCUGAAGCAAGAAAGGAUCACCUGGAGUGCACAGGUUUUGAAAGUGGAUAGAGAAUUGGAGUCACCAGGAGAGCCUGUGGCCAAGCGAGCCUGUCACCCCCCCUCUGAGGAGCAGUACAAGGCGGCAGUAGGCACCAUGGAGGGGGCAGUGGAGGCUGUGAAGCUGCUGCUCCAGAAAGGGUCCCCCCCAGGCUGGCUGGCAGUGAAGCUGGAGGCUCUGCACGCAGCCAUAGCCACCCUCAGGGACAACCUGCGGUAGGUGCUCAGAAGGGCUCGGGACAAUGACCCAGCUCAGCUCCCUGGUGAGAGGGAAGAGGUGCCUUUGUGCCAGGAGUGCUGCAGAAGAAAAAGCUGUGACAUGGGGCAGUACUGCUGGGUCGUGGUUUGUGUGCCAGAACGGACUGAGGGGUGCAGUGCCAGCCUCUCCUGCAUAGCCUGAUGGACUGGAGUGGACACUACUGGACAUCAGAGCUGUGGGUUUGUAUAGUGCUUGUUCUUCUACUGUGUGGAGAUAAAUAUUUCACGCUGUUGUAUUCUGAAUACUGAGAGGUUUGAAGCGGUUGUAAAAGUAGCACUGACCUUGUUCCUGUCUCAUGCAGGUGCCCAGGCAGUAGGUAUUUUUAUCUUUAUUUUAAAAUAUACUCAGAACUAACA